AUGGCUACAGACGAAGUUACAGGAGGGGCUCGCAAAGCUACGAAAAGCAAACUUUUUGAGUUUCUGGUCCAUGGGGUGCGACCUGGGAUGCCAUCAGGAGCUCGAAUGCCCCAUCAGGGGGCUCCCAUGGGUCCUCCAGGCCCCCCCUAUGUUGGAAGCCCCUCGGUGCGACCCGGAAUGCCCCAGACCGUGAUGGAAACAACAAGAAAACGCACAGCACCGCAGCAGGUGCAGCAGCAGCAGGUGCAGCAGCAAGUGCAGCAGCAGCAGCAAGCCACUCAGAACCGCACUAGGAGUGCCAAGAGGAGGAAGAUGGCUGACAAAAUUCUCCCUCAGAGGAUCCGGGAGCUGGUUCCUGAGUCCCAGGCCUACAUGGACCUGUUGGCCUUUGAACGCAAACUAGACCAGACCAUUAUGCGGAAGCGUGUGGAUAUUCAGGAAGCACUGAAGAGGCCGAUGAAGCAAAAGCGGAAACUGAGGCUCUACAUCUCCAACACCUUCAAUCCUGCCAAAUCCGAUGCUGAGGACUCUGAUGGCAGCAUUGCUUCCUGGGAGCUGCGAGUGGAGGGCAAGCUGCUGGAUGAUCUCAGCAAACAGAAAAGGAAAUUCUCGUCAUUUUUUAAGAGUUUGGUUAUUGAACUGGACAAAGAUCUUUAUGGACCUGACAACCACCUUGUGGAGUGGCACAGAACUCCCACAACCCAGGAAACAGAUGGCUUCCAGGUGAAAAGACCUGGUGACGUCAGCGUGCGGUGCACAUUGCUCCUCAUGUUGGACUACCAGCCUCCACAGUUUAAGCUGGACCCACGAUUGGCUCGCUUGCUGGGGAUACACACGCAGACCCGGUCAGCCAUCAUCCAGGCUCUCUGGCAGUACAUCAAAACAAAUAAGCUGCAAGACUCCCAUGACAAGGAAUACAUUAACUGUGACAAGUACUUCCAGCAGAUCUUUGACUGUCCACGACUAAAGUUUUCUGAAAUUCCUCAGAGACUCACUAACCUGCUGCUGCCUCCAGACCCUAUAGUGAUAAACCACAUAAUCAGUGUUGACCCCAACGAUCAGAAGAAGACGGCUUGUUAUGACAUAGAUGUAGAAGUUGAAGACCCAUUAAAGGGACAGAUGAGUAGUUUUCUUCUCUCCACAGCUAACCAACAGGAGAUUACAGCAUUGGACAACAAGAUUCAUGAGACAAUCGAAUCCAUAAAUCAGUUAAAAAUACAACGUGAUUUCAUGCUGAGUUUCUCCAAAGAUCCCAAAGGAUACAUCCAAGACCUUCUCCGGUCCCAAAGUAGGGAUCUUAAGGUGAUGACUGAUGUAGUUGGAAACCCAGAGGAAGAACGCAGAGCUGAAUUUUAUCAUGAGCCAUGGUCUCAAGAGGCUGUGAGCAGAUAUUUCUACUGCAAGAUCCAGCAGCGCCGGCAGGAACUGGAACAAUCUCUGGGAGUGCGCAACACAUAA